UUUUUUUUUUUAAGAUACAGUUGAAGCAGUUAAAGUUAAACGGUAACUGACAAGGUGACCCUGUGACAGCGUAAGCAAAGCAUAUACACAUAAUAUACCCCACGCGCUUUAUUCCCCCCCGACGAAAUUUACGAAUUACGAGAAGAAAAAAAGUAGUUUCUGAGUUGACAUUAAAGAUAUCGUUGAGGUAAAGGACCAACACCAACCAAAACCAAAUUAUAAUAGAACGCGGAAGAAGAAGAAGAAGUAACCGACGCUUGAAUAAACCGAACCGUUCUUCGAUUCGGGUUCAAGUUCGAAGAAGAAAAGCGAUGAGUUCGGGUAGUAGCAGCAGCCACAGCAGUGAGAAGGAGAAGGAGAAGCAGAGAGUGAGUCGCACGUCGCUGAUACUCUGGCACGCGCACCAAAACGACGCCGCAGCUGUGCGGAAGCUCCUCCAGGAGGAUCCCUCGCUCGUCAAGGCCAGAGACUACGACAACCGCACGCCGCUCCACGUGGCGUCGCUCCACGGCUGGAUCGACGUCGCCACCUGUCUCAUCGAGUUCGGCGCCGACGUCAACGCGCAAGAUCGCUGGAAAAACACCCCUCUGGCGGAUGCGGAGGGAGCUAAGAAGAGUAAUGUGAUCGAGCUUUUGCAAUCGCAUGGUGGCUUGUCUUUUGGGCAAAAUGGAAGCCAUUUCGAGCCGAAGCCGGUGGCGCCGCCGUUGCCAAACAAGUGUGAUUGGGAAGUCGAGCCAACCGAGCUUGACUUCUCCAACUCGGUGCGAAUCGGGAAGGGGUCUUUUGGUGAGAUUUUAAAAGCCCAUUGGCGUGGAACACCAGUUGCUGUUAAACGUAUUCUUCCAUCUCUUUCCGAAGAUAGAUUGGUGAUUCAGGACUUCAGGCAUGAGGUUAAUUUGUUGGUGAAGCUUCGGCACCCCAAUAUUGUUCAGUUUCUUGGAGCUGUUACUGACAGGAAACCCCUUAUGCUAAUUACUGAGUAUCUAAGAGGGGGUGAUCUUCAUCAGUACCUCAAAGAAAAAGGCGCGCUUAGUCCUGCAACUGCUAUCAGCUUUUCCAUGGAUAUUGUCAGAGGAAUGGCCUAUCUUCACAAUGAACCAAAUGUUAUAAUUCAUCGAGACUUAAAGCCAAGGAAUGUUCUUUUAGUCAAUUCUAGUGCCGACCAUUUAAAAGUUGGAGAUUUUGGAUUGAGUAAGCUUAUCACGGUCCAGAGUUCUCAUGAUGUAUACAAGAUGACUGGUGAAACUGGGAGCUACCGCUACAUGGCUCCUGAAGUUUUCAAACAUCGGAGAUAUGAUAAGAAGGUUGAUGUGUACUCCUUUGCAAUGAUUUUAUAUGAGAUGCUUGAAGGUGAACCACCUUUUGCAAGUCGUGAACCUUAUGAAGGAGCAAAAUACGCUGCAGAGGGACACAGGCCUCAUUUUCGGGCAAAGGGUUAUACCCCUGAAUUGCAAGAGUUAACAGAGCAGUGUUGGGCUCAUGACAUGAGUCAGAGACCAUCCUUCAUAGAGAUCCUUAAACGGCUUGAAAAGAUCAAGGAGAAUUUACCUACAGAGCAUCACUGGCACUUGUUUACCUCAUAAAUGUCUAAUAGCAAUAAUUUGUUCAGAAAUUAAGAUGAUUUAUUUACCAUUACCAUUCUCUGGUUUGGUGCCGGAUAUAUGGAUUGGUUGAGCCAACCAACCUGCAAAGUCAAUACUUGUUUUCAACUGUUUGGAUUAAUGAGCAGAAAAGGUGAUGUUGAUUGCCCUGCCUUUGGUUUCUACGUUUUUUUUCUCAUUAAAGCUCUUGUUUCAUUCAAGCGAGCAUAUGCAAGUUGUUGCAUAAGUGUAAAAAGGGUUUCAAGUGUACAAACUAAUUGAGGAAGUAGGUCACUUCAUGCUAUCGGUUUUUUA